GACUCUGCACUGGGUGAUCCGUGUGUAAAUUACAGCAUCUUGGAUCAGUCCUGGAGGAGAAUGAAUUCUCCCAGCACGAGUGGAGAAUGUACGUCUGACAAAAACCUUGAACAAGGAUGGUACAGAUUCAGCAGUUCCGGCAGAUGGAAACUCCCCGAGACAGCAGUUCCACAAGGUUGUUGCUGCAGGAAGAGACAAGGCUGGUUGGAAGGUUCCCAUCCUGCUGUGGCAGAGGGGGAGGUGAUGAGAAGGGUUUGCUUCACCGAGAAUGGAAACACCAAUCCUGAAUCUGUUGUGAGUGGACAGGGCACGAGUCAAAACAGCAACGCUUGUCUGGAUAUUAAGAUCAAAAAUUGCAUUGGCUACUUUGUGUAUCUGCUGAAGCCGACACCUGGUGAUAACACUGUGUACUGCACAGGGCAUCGCUUGGGGGAGCUCUCCGAACUGAACAUACAUCGGAGGCAGUUCCGCUGA